AUGAUGAGCUGGUGGUCAUCCUCGGCCAACACGGCCCUGGAUGAGCAAAUCGAGAAGGCCACGAGCAGCAGCUUGGAGGACAUCGCCUUGAACCUUGAAGUCUCCGACAUCAUCAGAUCCAAGACGGUGGCGCCCAAAGAGGCCAUGCGGUCUCUCAAGAAGCGAAUUGGAAACAAGAAUCCAAACACCCAACUGAGCGCUUUGAAUCUCACAGAUACGUGUGUCAAAAAUGGCGGAUCGCAUUUUCUUGUCGAGGUGGCCUCGCGCGAGUUUAUGGACAACCUGGUAUCACUUUUGCAGGCUUCCGGAGCUGUAGCGGUAAACGCCGACGUCAAGGCCAAGAUUCUCGAACUUGUGCAGCAAUGGGCAGCAGCCACGGAAGGCAGACACGAUCUGUCCUAUAUUAACGAGGUCUACAAUUCAUUACAACGAGAGGGGUAUCGAUUCCCUCCCCGAGUGACGGUCGCCAGUAGCAUGAUUGACAGCAGUGCGCCUCCCGAAUGGGCCGAUUCCGAUGUCUGCAUGCGCUGCCGAACUCCCUUUACGUUUACGAAUCGAAAACAUCAUUGCAGGAAUUGUGGCAACUGCUUCGAUCAGCAAUGCUCGAGCAAGACGAUCCCACUCCCACAUCUGGGCAUCCACGCAGCCGUUCGAGUUGAUGACGGCUGUUAUGCGAAGCUGACGGGCAAGGGCUACAAGGACCUUGGUCCGCCGGAUCGAUCACCUACAUACCCACACAAGACUCGGAGUACAUCGGCCAUGCAGCCUCGGAAUGCGCGUGUGGAUGAUGGUUUCGACGAAGACCUGAAGAAGGCACUCGCAAUGAGCUUGGAGGAUGUCAAAGCCAGUCAUAGAGGCUAUGCGGAACCAGCAACAACUAAGCCCAAGGCAACAAAGAACUCGUCAAAGGUGGAGGAAGAGGAGGAUGCUGACUUGAAAGCCGCGAUUGCUGCAUCUCUGGCCGACAUGGAGGAGCAGAAGAAGAGGCAUGCCGCUGCGCUCAAGGAGCAAACAUCGAACCCUCCCACCGGUCCCUCCUCGGCGCCGUUCGUUCUCCCAAAAAACGACUAUGAAUUAACUCCUGUCGAAGCCGAGAACAUCAACCUCUUCGCCACACUGGUUGACCGUCUCCAAACCCAACCACCAGGCACGAUACUACGCGAGCCGCAGAUUCAGGAGCUCUAUGACAGUAUUGGCACGUUACGUCCCAAGCUGGCAAGAACGUAUGGUGAAACUAUGAGCAAGCACGAUACACUACUUGACCUACACGCCAAGCUCUCCACUGUGGUUCGCUAUUACGAUCGUAUGCUGGAAGAGCGCCUUUCCAAAGCCUAUAGUCAGCAGAAUCUAGGUGGCUACAGUCUACCGCCUGCUCGCCAGCCCACAGGCGCAUACAUUUCCGUGCCGUCAGGAUCUCACGCCAAUCUUGGUGGUGCCGAAAGCUUCUACGCCGGGCGAGCGCCCCCUCAAUCGUAUCAACAACAGCAAACUCCGUCACACACAACUCCUCAGCCGCAAUUCGCGGCCUAUAACCAGUCUUCAGAGCCGCCACAUCCCGGCCAAUAUGGCCCGCCCCAGAGAACGAACAGUUGGCAAGCACGGGCUCCCUCUGUCCCUCAAGACCCCUACCAUCCGCAGCAGACGCCUCUGCCAGAACCAGCGCAAAGUAUACAAACGCCCCAGCAAGCUCCCGCCUCACCAUCGACAGAACGUCGAUCCUCGUACUAUUUCGGCUCUCAGCAACAGCAGCCAGUCCAAGUCCCAUCUGGCCGGUCUGCACCACCUGGACCAGCUCAGGAUUCAGCUCCGUCGCCAUAUCCUAGUCUGCAGCAGUCCAUACAAUAUCAGCAGCCUGCUUCCACUGCCGCACCCGAACGACCAACACCAAUACAGCCCCAUGCUCAGCCAGCCCACGUGGAUCGUCAGCUUUCCCAGCCCCAGUCUCAACCGCCUAGCCAGCAGGCUUUGGGCUCUCAGCAGCGACAGCCCACGCCGCAACAACAGCCAACCCAGCAGCAGUUCUGGCAUCAACCGACUGCUCACCAGCCCCCGGAGCAAAUGGCUCAACAACCGCCAGCGCCUCCUCAAUCAUGGGUUUAUGCUGGAUACACGCAGUCCAUUUUCCCAUCGGUACCACAACAUGAACCCACGAAGAAACCAGUACAGGAGGAAGCGCUAAUUGAGUUGUGA